CACAAAAGUAGCCUCACUGGAGCCACAAACCCCCCCAAGAAGAAGAAGAAGAAGUCAUGGAUCCUCUAUGUUCUUAUUGAUAGGCAGCCAUAAAAUUGUCAUAAUUAUUUCUCAUUUGGAUGAUAAUCGUUUAAAUCAAGUUUGUUAAGUAGUCCUGAGCAACAUCUGACAGUUCUUACUAAUAAAUGUAUUUUGGUAUCAACUUGUUAUUUUAAGAUUUUUAUCUGAAUUUAAUUAGAUAAUUUUCGGUUUAAAUACAAUAAUUCUAUUUAUUUAAUUUUUUUUAAUUUUUCUCUGAGCAAAAAUUAAGUUAGAAAACAAUUUGAUAACAAUUAGAGUCAAUGCGUGAUGGACAUAAGCUGGCAAUUUAGAGUAUGUGUCGAUUUAAGGACUUCAUACCAAUAUAAUGUAUUUCAACUACAUAAGGAGAACAGUUCUCAUCAUUUGGAAAAAAAAUCAAGUUGUCUAAUUACGAGAAUUAAAAUGAUAUCACUCCAUAUUUUUAAACUGUACAGUGUACUUAUACAUAAGCGUUCAGCAUAUACCGAAUUGAAUCAAUACAAUGUAAAGAGUAAGCGUCAUUGUGAAAAUGACUGUGUCACUAAGAGUAUUAUUAACACCAAUUUUCACAUUCUAAUGGAAUUAAAAAAUGAAACCAUCAAAAACAAUUCAAAUCAACAAAACAGGGAGCACCUGAUAGUUAUGAUUACUAUAAUAGAAAUUCAUCUAAAAAACGUUUGCAGGAUCUUGGCAGAGUUGCAAAACGUGCGUUUUAUGGUACCUGCAGAAUUGACAUUCACUAAGACUAAGUUAUCAUGUAAAAAAAAUUCAAACUCACUGAAAUACAAUGUAGUGAAUUCACGCAUCCAUGAGCAACAUCAAGUAGCUUCUCAAAAAUUCAACAACAAUGUCGAAAAAUCUGUUAAAGACACCCACAAAUAUCUAUCUUCCGAAGAUAUACAAAUUUAUGAGAUAGAAAAUGAACAUAUUUUUUCUGAAUUAAAUAUUUUCAAUGAUGAAAUUGAUCAAAUUGAAAAUAGAGUCGUACGUAUCCAUGAGCUACAAGAAAUAUUCAUGGAAAAAGUCAUUACACAAGAUAAAAACUUAGAAAAUUUACUGCUCAAUGUAGUAGGGUCAACCCAGAAUGUAAGAGAAGCUAAUGAACAAAUACGUAAAGCUAUUCAAAGUAAUGCGGGUCUAAGAGUAUGGGUCCUUUUUUUUCUUCUUGUUAUGUCUUUUACACUUAUUUUCCUUGAUUGGUAUAAUCACUGACAA